UAGAAUAGUGAAUACCUAUAUUGACGCGUGUAUUAUGUGAAUUAUUCAUCUAUGUAUAUAGUAUAUAUUUAUUACAUUAUGGUGUAGGUAUUUCAGGUUAUUUACCAUUACUAAAUGACUUAACUAUUUACCAACGUCAAUAUGUAUACUCUGUUAGAGUAAAUUCACUUAAAAAAAAAAAAAACAUUAAGAAAUUUUAAUUGGUUUAAAAUUGUGGUAAAUACUUGAGUUUUUUGUUCAUAUAUAUUAUAUAUAAUUUAGCGAAGUCAUGUCAGAUUCCGAAGUAGAGUUUGAAAGUGCUGAUGAAGGCAGUAAAGAUGAAGAUGGAUGGGAAAUUGAAAGUGAUUUUGAUCUACCAGAUGUUAAGCCUGUGUCUUUAGAACAUAAGCCAACUGAAACAAAGUUGUCUACUUUACCCAAUGUAUCUGAUAAUGCGGACACAAAACAUUCUGGGCUAAAUGAUGCAUCCAAUGCAGUGUCAACGGUACAGUCUAAAUUGGAUAAAUUAGUUGUAAACAAUGACAACAGCUCAAAUUCUGGAUCCCAAGUUUCUGAAAUUGAACAAAAUGAAAUCAAACAAACUAGUACACAAACAAGUGGUUGGGGUGGUUGGUCCAGUGGUUGGAGUGUUAAUUCACUUUUAUCAACGGCAAGCAUAUUAACAAACCAAGUUUCUCAAGGUUUAACUAAUGUUAUUGGAGCACCAGCACCUGAACAGUUAGCAUCAGUAGAUAAAGAUGAAGAAAUAAAAGAUUUAAAGGAAACAAAUGUGAAUGAUGAAAUAACUGAAAAACCAUCGGAAUCAAUAUUAGACGCCAAUUAUUUUUUGAGUAAUGUUAGUCAAAUUACAAAAAUUGUUGAAACUACUGGUAGUAAAAUUAUCAGUGGAGGUCUUGAUACAUUAGAAACAGUGGGCAAGAAAACAUUAGAAGUGUUACAAGAUGGUGAUCCUGGUUUGCGAAAAAAAAGAGCUAUGUUUUUUCAAAAUACUGAAAAAAUUAAUUUGUCACAGGUAUUACAAGAAGCUAAAGAAAAAUCUGAAGUUGAAUUCAAACAAAAUAAUCAAGUUGAAAUAAAAAAAGGAUAUGCAUAUUUGUUAGAUAGUUUUCAAGGAUUAAUUCAUUUAGAGAGUCUUGAAUUGUUAUCGAAACAAUGUCAAAUGAAACUUCAAACUGUUUUGUUAUCAUACUCAGGAACUCAGUUAACCGAGAUUCAAUAUAAAUUGGAUCAAAUAAAAGAUUUGUGUUAUUUUGAUUUUGAUGAUGAUGAAAAAAUAAUGACCACAGAAGAGUUUAAAAAUUCAUUAAUUGCUUGUAUUAAUCAAAUAAGUACUGAUGUAAAAACUGAGAAGAUCCUAAAAGUUAGUGAUUUAAUUGAAGAAAAAUCAAACAAAGAGUUUGAUAGUGAGGAUAGUAUUCAUAAUGAAGCUAUUUCAGCAUUAGCCGAAUUAACUGCAGCCGCAAUGGAAUUAUUCUAUAAAUUAGGGGAAAUGAUGAUGAUUGAUUCACAAAAUCAGCUAGUCACUGUAAAAGCUGAAAAACUUUCUCUCCUAAAUGAAUCUGUAUGUUGUCGAAUUCGAUUUAUUGCUAAUAAAUAUGCAAGUUUGUUGACAAAAUAUGAUGCUGAUGGUACUUCUAAUAAUAUUAGUGAUGUAUAUCUUGAGUCGUCCAAUAGUAGUUCAUACAUUCAAGAUGCUGCACAAUUGCUGAUACCUAUUUUACAACUAUCUGUUAUUUGAUAAACGAUAAACUAAAUAUUAUUUGUUUUUAUUUUUGUAUUAUACCUAAAUUAAUAUUAUACUAAGUUAUUGCAAUAUUAAAUAAUUGUAUUUUAUAUUUUCA